ACGACUAAACGUAAACUAAAAAUGGCAAGAUCUUUCGUGAACAGCAAUGGCAAUUUAUUUUUUUUUAUUCUCUUCGUUUUCUGCGAACUAUGGACACGAACUGGUAUCAGUUGUGAUUUAACUUUGAGAGGGUCUUCGAAAAGAUAUCUACUAGAUUCACAAUGGGCGAGCUGGGAGCAAUAUGCGGCCUGCGCGACCACGUGCGUGUCUGGGUACGAGCAGGAGACACAAGAGUGUUGUAUUUCCGGCAACAACCGGAAGUGCCUUCUCCUCCCAUGGUCCAUCCUCACCCCUCUGGUUGGAACAUGUCCAUCUCCUGACACAACGACACAUGGACAUACCACUACUACAACGCCACAAGGUAUCAGUUGUACAGUGUGCAACAACGUCCUCCCACUGUGUUUCCAACUGCACCACGUCGCGUCGUGCCCGGAACCAUACUGCAUAAACGAGGUAACCAAUACCGCUGACGGCUCCAAAACCAUAAUUCGAAGAUGCGGUACGUUACAUGAGUGUAACACCGAGUGGUGGGGCAAAACAUCCGACGACCCUGACUGCCAGACGUACAAUCCCAACGGCAACGUAAACAAAUACAUUCACUGUACGUUCUGUUGCACGACGGAGAACUGCAACGCUGACGUUGUACCCAAACCUGGAACGCUUUAUACGCCACCCGAUAAAUAGAAAAUGGACACGAAGCAAAGCGAACUCAUAU